AUGAAUUCAGGCCCAAUUAAUUAUACAAGAACUAUGAAACCAGUUGUCCCUACUUAUUAUCCAUCAGAAAUUCGUUAGCAAUCAGUUGGUAAAGAAAAUAGAUAACCUAUCAAACAUAACUCUUGUAGUUAAAUUAGAUUUGUUAAUGUAAUAUAUGAAAUUUAUUAGACUAGAAUCUACCUUCAACUAAAACAUAGGAUAGUUUUGAAUCAUAGAAACCUUAUGAUUAACUGUUUGAGAAAUUAAAAUUAUAAGUUAUCUAAUUGCAAUAUGAAUAAAACACUUUAAACGAAUAAUUUCAAAUUUAAAUCAAAUCCUUAAAUGAUAGAAUGGGUUCUAAUGAAUAGAGUGUUAAAUAAUUGUAUGAUACUGGAAUUGGAUAAUUAAAUAAUGAUGUUCAUCUAAAAGAUAAAAUUAAACAAUUAGAAUUGAAGAUGGGAGAGAUCUAAUUAUUAAUAAUUAAUUAAGAAUAGAAAACAUAAUUACAUACUCAAUCCAUUAUGGAUAAACUAAAAAAGAAUAUACUUGAAACUACAAAUAAAACAGAAAUUAAAAUAUAAAGUUAAUUAGAUACAAUUACUGAAUCUCUAAAAAAUUUACAAAAAUCUCAAAUAUCUCCACCAUAAUCAAAUUGUAUUAGUUAAGAUAUUAAGAGAUUUUAAUAAUUCAAUGAAGAAGUUUCAUCUUAUCUUAAUUAAACAACAUCUCCUAAUAGAAUUAAUAUAGUUGAAUAAAUGGUAGCUGAAAUUAAACCAGAAUUUAUAUCUAUUAAUACUUCAAGUCCAUUAAAACAAUAAAUUAAUAAUAAAUGUAAAUAAAUUGAAUUAUAUAUAAGAUAAAUGUUAGAUGUCUGCAAUUUCAGAAAAGACACUUGAUGAUUCAAGAAGUGAUUAUUAAUAGAUUCAAUAAUAUGAAUUAGAUAGCAAUGGAUAUUUAAUAUCAAAUGGUUCCUAUGUCUUAGAUUAAAAUGGUUAAAGAUAUUAAUUGAGUUUAGAACAAAUUAAUUAUCUAAAAUCAAUUAAUGUAAUUGAAGAAAUUAAUUCAUGA